AUGUCGUUCUUACACACUGCAUCUCAAGAAGCCCUACGUUCUGAACUAGAUCUGUGGAAUCUACCGUCAACUCAAAUUGUAUUGGAAGGGGGACAAUGGACCCCUUACAAGCCUGUCAAUUCACUGGAUCAAUCCAACACGAUACAAUUUUGUGUACCUGGUACCGGACACGAAUACAUGGACCCCGCACACACGCUACUCAAAGUGAAAGCUAAAAUCGUGAAUGGGGAUAACUCUGAUAUUAAGGAUGAAGAUGGAAGUGAUGCAACAGUCGUUAAUUAUGCUCUUAAUUCAGCCUUUUGUCAAUUAGAUGUUGAGGCGAACCAAACACUACUAUCACAAUCUGCAAUGACGUACCCCUAUCGAAGCAUUUUUGAGGCAGUUCUUAAUUAUGAUUCACCUGCAAAAGCAACACACUUGGCCAUGCGUGGGUAUUACAAAGACACGGCAGGACAUAUGGACGAUAUGAAAGAAAAUGCAGGACUCGCGAAACGUCGCGAACUCACCAAAAACAGCAGAGUUUUUGAGCUGAUGGGGCCCUUGCACUCUGACUUCUUUAACCAAGACAGAUUUCUCUUAAAUAACGUAGAACUGCGGAUUAAGCUCACACGUAGUCGAGAUGCCUUCGUGCUUAUGUCAACAAAGGGUACCGAAAAACUGGUUAUCCUAGACGCAACCUUGUAUGUACGAAAAGUACGAGUCUCACCUUCAGUACUCCUAGCGCAUGCCGCUGCGCUUGAAGUGUCCACAGCUAAAUAUCCUCUCACAAGAGUUGACCUGAAAACAUUCACAAUUCCCCAGGGCAUACAGGACAAAACUAUAGCCAACCUUCAUCUCGGACAAAUUCCUAAAAGAAUCAUUCUAGGAUUAAUUGCUAAUCAAGCAUUUAAUGGGGAUUAUGGUUUGAAUCCUUUUAAUUUUCAACACUUUAAUCUAAACUAUCUGUCUCUGUAUUUGGACUCACAACAAAUCCCUGCACAACCACUCACUCCAGAUUUUGGGAAAAACCUGUAUGUUGAGUCGUACAACACUCUCUUCACUGGAACAGGUAUACACUGGAAAGACGAGGGGAACGAUAUUACAUACGCCGAUUACCCUAAAGGGUACACUUUAUACGCCUUUGAUAUCUCACAAGAUUUGUCUGCAAACGAAAAUCACUGGAAUUUGCAAAAGCAAGGAACUGUUCGAUUGGAGUUGAGGUUUGCAGCACCUCUCCCGAAUGCUGUGAAUUGUAUCGUGUUUUCUGAAUUCAACAAUCUCGUAGAAAUCGAUAAAAAUCGCAACGUGGUAGUUGACUACAAUAUCUGA